AGAGGUCAGUGGUCGGUGGAAAAGCGAUCCCGAAAACGCCGUUCUGGGAAAAGUUAGUUUUUCGUUCAAUUAUCCAAAGCACGAGCUCGUGUGUCGCUAAGCAAGCCAAGUAGGCGGUUCUUGCUAAAUCACACUAUCCACCUCACGAGUGACCUGAAAUUCCGACACAGCCCCCCGCGCCGCCUGCUAGACGAAGAAAAAUAGAGCGCAAAUACGUGACGGAGUGUGGGGUGUCUUGGAAAAGCGACCACCUUUCUCUCGCCUGUUGGUGACGAAAAUUCCGUCAAGUUCCAUUACGCACUGGCAGCUUCCGUUAUUUGCCCAGAGUUUGGUAACGUUCUGUUUGGAGCUCUCGGGCUGCAAAUAGCGAAAAUCGCGAUUUUUCUUCGUCGUAAAACGGUGCACGUCAGCAAUAACUGCCGAGUUUGCACGGUGGUCAGCGAAAACCUCGAACAUUCCUUCAACUCGGGAAAGGAUACUCGUCCCCCUUCCCCCCACCCUUCCGUCGCUGGUGUGUGCAAUUCGUGUGGCACACAUACAUAAUUCGCCUGCAAUCCGCUCGAGACGCUUCUGCGGGUGUUCUCCUUCUAGCAUAUUAUCCUUUCGUGCGUGCGCGCCUGUGUGAAUGUGUGUGUGCGGUGUGGUGUGCGACGUUAUCAUCUGAUAAGAGCAACGAGUGCAGGUGGUACGGCUUUUGGUUGCUGCUGUGAUAGAAAAUAAUACCGUGCGCAAACGUGUGCUCAAUCUAGUGUGUAUGUGUGUGUUUUGUGUGCUCGUGUGCGCGCAAAAGUAAAGACGGCCCCACGACGACUUGACGACGGAAUCGAAAAUUGCAAAACAGCAAUUGUCGGCGCGCAACUAAAAAGGAUAUAUUUUGAACGAGGAAUCAAAUUCGGCCACAAAAGUCUACCGAUCGGAGGAGACGCUGGAUUUGAGCGAGCACCCGUCCAUCUUGACAACCAUCUGACGGCCGUAAAUGAUGGCUCUCAACAUUGCGGUGCCGAUCCCGAGCGUCGGAGACUUGCUGGAGGUGUUUGGAUUGCUGUCACCGAUCUCGCCCGUCAACAUCGAUUGCCACAGCGGCGGCGGCCUGAAGGCACUGGUUUCACCCGUUGGCAGCGAAUCGAGUGGCGUUAGCUCGCUGGAUUUGGAAGAUUUAAAGAAACAAAUACCAUCAUCGCCAACCCUCUCGGACGACAAUGAUGAAGCUUCGGCCUCCGGUGGAGAUGGAAGCGGAUCAUCAUCUGAUUCGUCCUCCUCCUCGUCCUCUGCGUCAACCACCUCGACCAGAACCUCUUCCACCUCAUCAUCAUCGUCCUCGUCCUCUAUUGACGAUGAGCCUACUCCAAACAGCUCUGAGGAGAACAACAACCAGCAGCCGCUGUCGCCAACAGCCCCAGUGGUUGAGUGUGCAUUGCCAUCGUCUGAGCCGCCUAUGGCCGGAAAUGAGCCGGAAAGUGUCGCUGGUAGCGCUUCAGAAACGCUCUUCUCCCAAUCAUCCCCACCUUCACCAAUCGGAAAAUUGUUACCCGGUGCCGAUCUAGUUUUGCCGGCAUUUGUGUCGGCUGUAAAGGAACCAAUCUUUAGCCUGCCCCGUCACUCAAUCCGCUACGCCAACCGCGACAUUCUGGACCUAGCGAGCAACGUGCGAUCGCCAACUGAAAACAUGGCAGGAUUCUUUGAGGUGCACUACGCCGAGCUGCCAGAAACAGACAGCAUUCAGUUCUUUCUGAACAACCGAUCCCAGUAUCAUCGGCUUGGUCCGAACGGCCACAUUCAGGAGUAUCGGAUGGCUGGAUGCAAUUGCUGCGAUUUCAAGUUCCCGGUUAACGCGGUGGCAGCUUCCGUAUCGCCGCCGAUCAGCAAUACUGUAGCUCCGAUCACCACCAACCUUAUGGCCAAUCUGAGUCCCUAUUUCCCACAUGGAUCCCAGCAACUUCAGCAACAGCAACAGCAGCAGCAGCAACAACAGCAGCAGCAGCAGCAACGCUUGCGACUUCAGCAUCAAAUGCAGCUUCAGCAACAGAUAUCAGCACCUUUCCAUAUCAACCGCUACAACAACAGCAACGCCAAUAGUGGAAACAUGUUCCCAUCAUCAAUGACGACUGCCGGUAAUGGUGGUGUUAGCAAUGGCACUGGACUAGCAUCUCGCUACAACGGCGGCUACGGCUCAGGAGGCUCGACUGUUGCAUCCAACUCUUCCGUUUUGUCGAAUUUUUACGGAGCCAACAGCAGCGGUAAUGGUCCGAACAAUACCAAUGGCGGCAACCUUAUGAAUGGAUCGAUGGCGGCUAUGCAGCAACAGCAUCAGCACCACCAGUAUGGCAAUAUGAAGGGAAUCUCGUCAUCCAACGCAGGCGGCGGACAGGCACCAGCAUCUCUGCGUCAGCAAUACGAUCUGCUUCAGCAGAAGCAAUAUGGUGGAAACUAUUCGCUGGGCAGCGCUGGUAAUGCAGCUGGAGCAUCCACUAACUCAGCAAUUGUCGCAGCAGCAGCUCGACUUCACCAGCAUCAACAGCAGCAACAGCAGCAGCAGCAAUCGUCGCAGCAAUACUACAAAAAGAAUCAACCAAUGCGUUAUGGUGGAGCGGGCUCCUCCUCCUCGCUGGGAGCGACGAAUGGUGUUAGCUCCUCUCACUGGAGAAACUCGAUGGCAGCGAACAGCGGCUCGGUGCAACAGCAAGAGCCAGCUGGUGCCAUCGCUAAUGCCACGAAGCUGUUCAAGGAACUCACCCCCUAUCAAGCCCAAUACUACAACUGUCUGUAAAACUCUUCGCGAAACCUUCUGCACAUACCCAGUAUAGAAGCGGAACAAUGAUAAUAACUCGGUACAGCCGGCGGUCCAGAUAUGAUGAAAUGAUCGACAAAACUAGUGACGCACAGAAUUGUCCAACGUAGCGUAGUGAAUAAGAUCAAGCCAAAUUAUUCCAAUUUGCUGCAUAAGAUCCAGAACUGAGCGACAAAGUACUGAACAGAGGGAACCUCCUAUGAAGCUGGAAAAGCAGUAUAAAUUUUGCAUUUCUUUCGUGUGUAGUAACAGAAAACCAUCGCAAGUCGAAGGGGUAUAUAAAGUGGUAACACGCAUAAUCAACAUGAGAGUUUGCCUGCGCCUUCUCUAAAUUGGAGGUGUAUGUGCUGGGGCUACAAUGGUAGAACGCGAUACCAUCACCAACGCAAUCGGAACCAUCAAAUCACAUGACCGCGUGCGUGUCCGUUAUUGUUACCAAAGUUGCCAAAGCAAAAAUUGAGACAUAAGGGGUUUUUAUUUUAAUUUUCAAAAUCGGAACCAACGUUAUCCCCCCAUCUUUAUCUAGUUGUAGUAAACUGUUCCACGCACAUCGAAAUGCCAUUUUGGUAUCUCCGACAACACAUUGGAAGUUCCUGGUCAAAGUCUUCUUUUCGCGGUCAAUUCAAGUGAGUUCCCUGAGAUGUAGUACUGAGUGGAAAUUACAAGUCCUUGCCGCUCGCAACCAUGCCAUAUAGCCACUCGCAAUCAUGCACACCCAACGACGGCGGAGUAGCAGUCAGCAGCGGGAGACGGAUAUUGUAGCGCGUACACACCACCGAGCAGAGAGAUGAACACACACACAUACACACAUCCCAGCCUUUUGAUGAUUAGAUGGUUAAUGCCACAUCUAACAGAGUGAUAUUUUGAAACAUCGUAUCCCACCCUCCCAACAUUCAUAUGCCAUCGGAACAAACGAUGCGUUUAACCCCCUCAAUAGUACAGCGCAGCAUCACAAAUAUAAAGAACCAAAGUGGCAAAUUGAAGUAUUUAAAGAAAUGAGCUCAUACCAAGUAAGAUCGGCAGUGUAGAAGAGAACCCAGGACAUCCUUAAGAGUAGAGAGUGAAAGACAGACAAGAGGGACACGGAUAUUAUGGAGCUAACUUCACCGACUAACACAUUUUCUUUCGGACAUCAUUCCGGCGCAAUAUUCCUGCUUUAUAUACGCAUGUGGUCUGCACGGGGCGCACCAUUGCACCUUUCUAUCUCUGUGAUGUCUGUCUCAACGCUGUUCUUUCAGGCCAUCUUCCUGUAAGGAGUUGUACCGCCUGCUAAGUAGCAGCAAUGGCAGCUUUAUAAAUCUUACAGGGCAGAUCGCGCAACCGAUUUACAACAGGCCUAAUGCGGCACCCUCUGCUUUUGGUGUAGAAAGCUGGAAAAUAAGUGAACCAAGAUGCCAACGAUCGCAAAAGUAUUUCCAACACCGUCAAGUACGUGGCCAAUUUUAAGCGAACAGAUUUCUCGUCCUUACGAAACGAAAUGAAAUCAAGACAUACGAAUACGCGAAAGGAAGGGUGCUGCGAUAAAUGAAGUCAAUGAUAGAUAUACGAAAUCCACAGAGUGACGCUUCUUAACACACCCACCCACACACACACACGUACACCCACACAUGCAUGCAGCGGGCGAUAUCAGUAGCGAUAGUAGACUAUGGCAGAAGCAGCAAAGCCCUUAAACGUGUAAAAGAAACAUACGGGGAUAAUAUACCUUAUAGUAGCUAAGCGGAAGCCCUCUGUCAUACAAUAGGACAUCGAGCGAUGCAAGUAGGGAACAGAGUGGCUAAUCGAAAUACGACAAUGCAGGAAACAAACCUUUUAAUCACCUUAUGAACUAUACUUUAAUGAAUGACUACUAUGAUUGCAACUAUUAUCGCUUUAUAUUUACCUAGUAUAUAACGGUUAUUCAUAAUACUAAUACUACACUACUAUAAGUAGCUAAGUGAUGCGAAGGUGUGUUUGCGUGUGUGUGGUGUGCAGCGUAUCAAAGCCAGCGCCGAACAUGAGAGUGUGUUGUGGUGGAGAUACAAUGAAAUUUCUUAAAAGCAUACUUGCAAGACGCUGGUCUGCUUACACAGCAGCUCUCGAUGCCCGCCAGUCCCCCCGUGGGGGAAAACAAGGAACCAAUAUCGGGAGCUAGAACGUUGAAGUAGGAGAAAAAUCAAUCAAACAAACAAGACACAUCCAAUUCUGGUGAUAAUUUUGCCUGCCCAAUAUGAAGAAAACAAAACGAAAGAAGAAGUAACAAGUGUAAUCCAACUGCUCGAGACAGUGAAGCGAAGUUUAAUUUUAACGAAGAAUGAGAAGCAACCUUCUCUCUGUUCCCUAUUGUCUUUCUCUCUCUCUCUUUAUCGCGACUAAUGUGUAGGAAACUUGGUUUUGUUGUCGUAGAAAACGAAAAAAGUUUAUUAGUCAAAGCCUUGCGUGCGCACGUGCGUACGCGCGUAUGUUUCCCAAUAGCAGCUUAAUCCCUUUACGAUCAUUUGGGAAACAAUUUUAAUUUCGCCCAGUCUCUUUUCGAAUUGUAUAAACUGUGCUCGAAAUAAUUGAAAGAAAAAUGGUUCGCAAUAAUGACGCUUAGGGGACCGGUGCGAAACAUUAUGUACGUAGAGAUGAGGUUCGUUGUAGUACAACGAGAACGAAGCUCAGCAUCCGAGAGAUAGUGAAUAACAAAUGCGUACAAACCACCCAAUUCUUUGCGGCAUCAUGGAAUUUAACUUAAGACAGAAGGCAGCACCCUUCUUUUUCUUUUUUGCUCCUCGUAGGACACAUAUUGUUUUCUGCGAUAGCAAACGGUUUCUAGUGAACGUGUAAAACAAGCGAAACGGAUGUGAUUUUAAUAGGACUGGAUUAAACUACCUACUCGGAGCAUGAAGCCCUCGGCAACGAAGUGCGUUGUUAAAAUGAAUUAAAUGAGUGAGACACACAGCGGCGAUAAUAGUAUUCGCGUUAUCUUAUCUUAUCGUUGUUUAAUAUUGUCUCUUCAUCAGGAAGUUAAUUUGUUUCUUUUGUGUAGCUUUUAGUAAAAUUGACAAACCCAAUAUUACUUACGAUCUAGUUGUUUUCAAGCUAUCGCUGUUGGAAUUGAGUUACCUUUUUUUUUUUUGAUAGAUUUAUUUUCCCUCUUUUGUUUAACUAAUUAUUACCUCGAAGAUUUUUGGCCCGCGAAUAUCAUACAUCCGUGUCGCGCAGAAUGAACGAUCGGUUGGGAUUAUGGGGGUUACGGUACGGUGUGAAGUAGGCCGGCGAACUGAAUAGAAUUAUGAACGUUUUUAUCACUAGCGAGAGCAUUUGUGAAAUAUUGUAGUAAACGGUGGUGGUAAUGAACAGAAGCGAAUUCAUGGUGGCAAUGGUCAGGCAUUAGUAGGAAAUUCCUUUUUCUGUCGUUAAUGAAACAAAUCACGUUUAACAGUCGUCUGCCGAAUGGAUCCUCAUCCCCUCAUCCAUCAGAUAUUAGUACGGGAAGCUAUCGAUCUGCUAAUCUGUGAAUCAAAGCAAGCAAGCUCUUCAAGCAGUACACAACCAAUGGAAGUUAAAAUAUCAAAAGUUCAAUCAAAACAUGUGAUAAUAGGUAGUAGAAGGCAGUAGCUGUAAUGAUUCGUCUAGUGAAUGGAUUAUUUUGUGUUACGGUGUUCUGGUUUGCACAGCAGAGGUUUUCGUUCGACCAUUACCAGCGAUUAUUUAUCCCUUGAAGCUUUCGUAAGUUAGAUCGGACUGAUAGUUUUUUUGCGAGAAGGUGGAAAAUCUGUUCACAUCAUUCAACUGUAUUCCAAUCAGCAAAAUGCAUUGUCCAGAUAAAUAUUGCAUAAUUUUUCAUUUCAUUAAGUGUCCUAAAAUUUAUUUGCCAUAAAUACACAUUACACUAGGCCGUCAGUAUUGCACAGAAGCAAUUUUUCAAAAAAAAUGUCAGAAUUAGGGUUGGUUAUUCGCUUCGCACGCAUAGUUUGGUAGUUUAAAUUUUACACGAAUGCAUUCGGCUAAGCAAACGAUAGAUGAUUGCGAGUGAAAGAAUUAUAAGUUUUCAUUGUUAGUGCAAUAAUUGUUCGCAUAAUAAGCAAAAAGGUAACAGAAUAGUGCGAUUGACGAUAUUGCUUCCUAUUUAUUUGCUUAUAUAAUGUACCUUUCCGCAGCCACAAGGAAUGGCAGCGUGUUGCAAAGUAACAGUGCAGUGAAGAGAACGGAAUAGAUGUUGAGCAAUAAUGUACUCUGCAGCCGAUUUUGAUCAGGCAACAGCAGCAUACGCGUGUUAGCUUAUUUGAGCGUGAUAUUUGAACAGUUUUAUUUAUUUUCCGUUCGGCUCCGGCAGGAAUGCUCUUUGUGUGCAUUUGUAAUGCAACGCAUGAAAUCAUAUGGACAAGACGUGAUGCGGUUGGACCAACAAUUCACUUUUGAAACCACUACCAGUAGAAACAAUGGGAUGAGAGGGAGGGGGGAUUCAUGGAGGCAGGCACAUAAGACAAUAUCAUCUUAAGAUCUCACGGUGCGCAUAUAUGUAUCUACGUAAAUCCUCACGAUGCUUAACGAAAACAAGACGCAUUUGUAUCAUCAGGCCGCCAAGAAGCGCUUCAUCGUCCCCAUCACCAAUUAAAAGAGCCUCGGAAUCGAUUUUCAGGAAUUAUAGUUAUUGUGAAGUUAAAUUGUUAAGGGGGGUAAACAAAAAUCCUUGCAAACGCGCACUGAGAGCUCAUGUUGUGGAAUAAUUUUAUGAAAUGAAAAAAUGACUCGCUAUCAGAGUUGGCCAUUAAGAAGCAAGCAGAUGAAGAAGAUUUCACAGCAAAGCGAUCGCAACAGGCUUUUAGUAAAUGUCGUGUUCGGAUUACAAGCAAAGAUCAAGCGCGACAACAACGAUCAGUGUUUCGUACACGAUUCCGGCAUCUUUGAUGUUGGCAUUCGGCAGACCCACUGUAAUUUGCUGCGCAAAGGAUAAAAGGGUCGUUCAAAAACCAUACCAUACCCUGCAAAGUUAUGAAACGAAACUAAAAACAGAGGAACGAGUACCUAAUAUUUAAUGAAAUUUUCAAUCUUUCGCAUGAGAUUUAUAAUAAUUUUAAAGCAAGUUUGGUUUAGUUUUCGUUUUGUUCUUCCUUUGUUUCCAUUCGAUUCUCAUUACUCUUAUGUUACGCUCAAUCGAUAGCAGCUAGUAUGACCGCUCUGCGGAAAGCAUAGAAACCGAAUAAUCAAUCAAUUGUUGUAAAAUCAAUAUUUUCCUAUAACACAAACUCUCAAUGAGAGUGCUUACAAAGACAAAAAGAUAAGUGAAAUGGGGGUAUAUGAUAUCGAAGCGCCCAAUCACCUUAACCAUAAGUAAUCAAUGAUGAGGUGUAAGGUGCCCCUCGUGAGUUGGGUUCAGAGCCGCCAGAAAAUAGUGGAUUUAUUAUCUCCUUUUAUAAUACUUUAAUCACCGGGCAACACCAUCGUCGCCCGGUACAAUGGUACAAUGGUCACCACCACCAGUUCAUUGAUUUAUAUAGUUCCUCUCUCUCUCCGUGCUAAAACGAGAAAAAAUGACGUAAUUUAUGUAAUCGCGUAGAAAAGUGAAGGAUAAGUCAGUCUCUCUGGGGCCUAUCAGCAGAAAUGCCGGAAAAAAGUUUUGCUUUAUCUGCGAAGAAAAACACUGUGACUCACUGUCACUGUGAGGCGUUCAAGCAGUUGUUAAACAUGCGCUUAAGAAAGACAACAAUAAACGAUCAACUGAUCAAACGGUAACACUUCCUUCCAAGAGUAUGAUAAUGCGAAGCAAACAGUGUUCCAAAACGAUCCUUCGCGUGCACACAAACGCAGGCACGAUUUCCUACAGAACCUGAAAGUCAUAAUGAUCAACGGCUGAUAAAAAGUUGGAAAAAGGAAAGCAUAGCAAUAUCACAUUAGGUGUAAAACGUUGAUAAGAUGCAAACAGGUUAAGGGUAACUAUGGAUCUGAAGUAUUGCGACAGAAAAACAUGCACACAUACACAAAACUCGCAAUUUGUGUCAAUGGUUCCGGCGGAAAACAUUCAUCUGCUCCUAAGUAUGAAUCAAUACAUCGUAUGAAACUGUGCCUGGGAUCGCUAAUCGAUAACCGCACCGCUAGUAAUCUACAGUUGGACCCCCAAAAGAUUGCACACUAUAGUAGAAGACAGUGCUCGACGUUCACAAUUCGCGUAGUCCUUUCCUCCUUCCUCUCCUCCCACCGGGUUGUUACCCAGGGGGAUGGAACUGAUAGUGGUACGCUUUGUAGGGGAAUCACUGGAUUAAAAGCGUAUCAUUGCAGCAGUAGCAGCCGUAGCAGGGCAGGUGUGUCAACCAUUUUUAAUUCUUGUGUAUUUGUGUUUGUGUGUGUGUUGUGCGUGUGCUUGCCCAGUUUUCCUUGAAAACCUCCAAAGAGUGAUAACACAAAAGUGAACUAUAAACCCCUGUGUGUGCAGGAGAAAUCGACUAAAUUAAAGUAAUAACGAAGAGCAGAGUAACUGAAAACGCUAAAACAUCGAUAAUAAAUGUGAAAUACAUUGCCAAUGCUUUAUUAGAGAGCAAAUCUUGAAUGUAGGUAAUCGAUGCAGUUAAUGAAACAUCGCCCGAAUCCACCCCGUACACCACACCGCACAGCAUCUAAUUUAGAAGCCCCAAAAGACCGAUCAAUCGACGGGCCGGGAUCUAAUCUAUAAUCAUGAACACUCAUGUGUAUGUUUCCAUUUGUGUCCUUUGUGUAGAUGUUAAUGUUAGUUGAAGACGAAACUAUUGGACAGGAAUGGCACUUUUCGCCGCGUUAGAACGUUAGCUGGAGAGUGGUAUUGUGGUAUGUUUUUGCCAGCACACAAAAUCAAUCAUUGUUCGCCUAGCCAAGAAGCUUUAUCGAAACAGCCGUUUCAGAUUCCCGCCCGCCUACCCGCGAAAACCGUCUACACAAGGGGGGGGGGGGGGAGGCAAUGAAUGUUUGAGAAAAAAACUAUGAACCAAAACCAAACGCGCCUGAAUUGAUCCAUCGACGGUUAGCGUCGUAAUGUAUAAGUAUUUAUAAUAAUCAAAAAAGCGCCCGUCGCCUCACCCUUUUUUCGCAAGCCCAUUCAUUGAGCUCAAUAAGCAAAACGUUAAGAUUCUGCUAAACGCUAUGUCACCUACCAAAAGCCAUUCGAACCCUGAGGGGGAAAGGAUGUAAGCAAUCAAUUUCGCAGAAACAAAGAACGACACACAUGACACAAUCGAUCACGUUUGAUUUAGUUCAGGGGUUUUACGCUAAGGUAUAGAGUAAUGGCUUGAGUUAUGCCUCAUGAUUUCUUGCUUGGUUGUUGCAAAGGUUUCUAGAACCAAUAACGAACACACAGUUUGCUCAAAUUCUCGCAAUCCCAAACCACGGUGCCACAACGCCACGAUAUAUAUUCCAUACUUACACACAAACACCAAAAACCCCUUCUACCUCUUAAUGCAAAUAGACAUCGCGAUCGAGUAGAAGGCGAUCCUCUAUCGGUAAGGUUUUGUUCCAUCAUAUUGAUCUAGUUUGUUAACACACACUCCCUUUGCGUGGAUCCAUCUUGCAAGUACUCUCUACACUUAAUGAUAGUAAUGACCGAAUCACAUCAUGCAAAUAAGAAAAAGUCCAUUUAGUGUGCGCAUAUUACUAACAUGUUCCAACUCGGUGGUGGGUUUACAUCGAAAAUUCCAAUUUAUCUAAAUGCUGUCCUUCGCCAAAGCAUCACUGGUACUUUCUUCGUUCCAUGGUUUAUGGUUGACGAACGUGUAGUGCUAUAGAUCCAUAGCUAUAGUGAGUGUGGUUCUAGAUGGGCUCCAGUUUAAAGUGAUCGUAUAAGGCAAACAUAUUACACAUCAACCAUUUUCCGGAAGUAGUUUAUCAAAACCAUCCCCAUUGCCGAAUGGAUUUAUCAGUAUCAGCAUCGUAAAGCGGGAGGUCGUACUUGUAGUUAUGCGUUGCGAUCAACUGGUGCGGUUUGAGAGGCAAAGGCAUGCUAAGGAAGAUUUCGACGAAACAGUCUUGUCCAUUCGAGAGCGAAAAAGAGAGAUUGUGAGUCUGAGACCAUCGGUGUGCCACCCAUUUUCCACUCUGUUGUUUAACUUCGAAACGAAAUAGGAAAUAUUUUCUGUUUAAGAGAUAACGAAACUUAAACUACUAAUAAUGGAGAAGAAACUGAAAGAAAAUCAAACUCCUUAUCACAAACGAAACGAAUGAAUAUGUGACACUGUAGCGACGAGCUUUUUGAGGGAAGGGUAAAAUGAGCGCCUACAAAAAGUAGUUAAUAGAAACGAGAGCAACAAAACGACUUAAUAUUGAUGUGGAAGAAGGAAGAGACGUAAAAGAAGCGAAAGUGAAACAAAGCGGCAAAGAUAAAACGUUACAAUAAAAGGCGAAAACGAAAAGAACAGGUGAACGAAUCGACGACUGUUUAAACAAAAGAAAUCAUACGCAGGCUUUAGGCGGGGCAACGAUGUAUGGAAGAGAGCGAAAGAUAGGGUUUGUGGAAGUUUAAAAGUAUGUAGCGCAAUAUAAAUGGAAAAAUGAGUUGAUGGAUUUUCUUUAUUCUCUACUAUCUAUAAUUGGCAAAGGUGAAGUCUAGUUUAUAGUUUAAAAGCAAAGCAAAGCAAAGCGUGAAAAGCAGAGAUAGAGAACAGAGUCAAUGCCCGUGGAACACACCACCUUACAUUCAUAUCUUAAGAGAGCUUCUUUUCCUCGUUUUGCUCUUCAACGGUUGGUUUAUUUGAGUAACGUUUUGCCUUUUCACGGUUUGGGGCGUAUAUGAUGGGAGAGUAUGGAGUCUAUAAUGAUAUUUUAUUUCUAUGACUAAAACUAUGAUUACAAUUAUUAUUAUUACUACUACAAUGUUAAUUGAUAUUUUUAGGGUUUUUUUGCUUCUUUUUUCCAUAAAUAAUACUUAAACAAACAGACAAACCGUAAACCUACAAAACAAACUCUACAAAACAGUUAAUAGGAAGCCUCUAGCGAAGAGGAGGAGGCGAUGUAUGUUAGUUUCUCAACUAUAACGAAACACCCCUUCUUAACAACAGAAUUUUCCGGUGAACCCGCCAAGUUUCUGCCAGGUACAUCAAGACGAGUUAAAUAACGUAACGCCACCCUCUUUCUCCUGCCAAUUCGCCACGGAUACGUCCAUAAUUUUAGUUGUGACACUCGACUCGACUCGACGGGUUGCUCCUGCCUGCCUUGCUCUCGUGGUUCACUGCGAUAAGGAUAGCGUAUCGUUAAGCAUGCCAGAACCGAUUAUACGUUGCCAGCAUGUCGCGAUUGAUCAGGUGUAAAGAAUUGCUUACGAUUUUGAAUUCCUUCUUCUGGUUUUAUAUUAAAUUGGUUUUUUUGUUUGGAUUUUUCACACUCAGAAGCAGAGUACAAAAGUGUGCCUUACCGACACUUUGCAGACCACGCAUGCGACUCCUCCUCCCACCAAUAAUUCAUCCUUUAUGGUGUCGCUUCUUUAGCUUGGCCAGUGCCCGGGAUCGACAACCAAAAUCACCCCGGUUAUUUUUCCUCCCUUCACAAUCUAUAGAGUUAGUUCGUAACGGAGCUGGUUGUCUCCGUGUUGACACCUGUGCUUCAGAUCUAAGCCACACGAUUCCCCCAGAAAAGUACAAAUGUUUUGUCCGUUUUAAAACGAUCAACACUAAAGAGGUUUUCAAACAAUGAGCUUGCGUUCAGCUCAUUUAGAAUCCGUGACACAUGUCUUUAAAUGAGACAUCAACAAGCAGACAGCCGGUAGAAAAGGCGAGCCGCGUGCGACGUUCGCUUAUCGCCAGUGAACACUGGGAGAGAGCAAAAGGAAUCAAAAGGCGACUGACUCGAGAGUUGAUAGAAGUAUCACAGUUAGUUAGUAUCCAACCAUACUAUCAUCUCACUGGAUGCACGGCACAAGGCACAGGAUGGUGGUUGGUGGGAGUAAGUGGGAAAAGCGACAGAAGCAGAAACUAUGAAGAGAACACAAUUAAAUUCUGAUUAAUUGAGACUGUGUAUUCCAUUGUGAUAUGAAUGAUUGUAAAGAGGAAAAGAAAAUCGAAAAACAAACAAAUAAGAAGAUGCUGAUACAAAUAAGAAAAGCAUGAAAGAAAAUACACUAUUAAAGCAAAUAAAGAAAAGGAAAGAGGAAAAAAAAACAAAAUAAUAGGAGGAAAACACACACCGAUAACAGUGCGCGCGCUGCCCCACCAUCAAUGCGGGUUAGUAGCCAUGUGUUAGUUGAGACGUAACAGUUGAAUGCUAGAGAUCACAUUAAUUUAUUAUAAAUAAAAGUGCAACUGUAAUGAAUUUGACAAAAAAAUACAAAAAUACCACAAAAUGA